AAUAAAUAAAAAAUAGUUUAAUUGCUAUUGUUACUAAACCAAUAUAAAAAUAGUUUAAUUAAAAAUAUUACACUUAUGGUUAAUUUUACUGCACAUUUAAUCACCGAAAGAACACCACUUUUAUAUGCAAAAUGCGCGUAUAAAGUGGUGGUAACGGAGUCGCAAGAUAAACAGGAUUUAAAAAUAUAUACAAACCUAGUGGGAGCACGUCAUGUUCAGGCGUUACUACUAUUCUUUGGCAUGUGUUUUGCCUAUUUUCUGCGUGUCAACAUAUCGGCCGCCAUAGUUCCCAUGACAGAACCCACGCCAGGACAAACCUAUCAUGAUUGGGAUUCGGGUACAAAAAGUUUAAUACUUAGCAGUUUCUUUUGGGGUUAUGUUGCCGCCCAAAUGCCCGCCAGUAUGUUGGCUAAACGUUUUGGUGGUAAAAUUGUUUUGGGCGGUGCCACAGUCAUCUCUUCAUUUAUCACUAUUUUUCAUCCCCUGGCUUCUAAUAAUGCUGACUGGGAAGUUAUUUGUGUUCUAAGAGUUUUGGUAGGUUUUACCCAGGGUGUUGUAUAUCCCUGCAUACAUACGCUGCUGGCGAAAUGGGCACCAUUUCCAGAAAGAGGUUUCCUAGCCACAUCAGUUUACUCGGGUGCACAGUUUGGUACUGCUCUUUUAUUGGCGGUUAGUGGUAAUAUUUUUGAUUCGAGCAUUGGUUGGCCUGGUAUAUUCUAUAUCACCGGUGGUAUUGGUUUAUUAUGGUCAGUGAUAUUUUUCAUUUUUGGUGCCGACACACCAAGAGACACGAAAAUGAUUUCUAAAGAGGAACGUGAAUACAUAGAGGCUUUGACGGGUAGUGAUCAAGAGAGUAAGACAAUGGCAGUACCUUGGAAAUCUAUUUUCACUUCUUUACCCUUCUUUGGUUUGAUUGCUGCCCAUUGCGGUUUCACCUGGGGCUUCUACACUUUACUAACCGAAAUGCCCACCUAUCUGAAUAAGGUUUUACAUUUGGAUGUUAAAUCAAAUGCCCUACUCUCGGCAUUACCGUACUUUGUCAUGUGGCUUUUGUGUCUGACUGUCAGUCCCAUAUCCGAUAUGCUGAUAAAUCGUAAAAUUCUUUCAGUAACGGUGUCAAGAAAACUUUUCAAUUCGAUUGGCCAAUGGGUGCCUAUGGUUUGUCUAAUUGCUUUGGGUUAUAUGACUGAAGAUGAGAAAACAUUGGCCAUUGUUUUGCUCACCAUUGGUGUUGGUUUCAAUGCCGGCUCUUUCUGUGGUUAUUUAGUAAAUCACAUGGAUUUGUCGCCUAAUUUCGCUGGACCCAUGAUGGGCAUUACCAAUUGUAUAUCGAAUUUAUGCUCUAUCUGUGCCCCAUUAGUUGUAGGAGCUAUUGUCAGCAAUGAAGAGAAUCCAGAUGAGUGGCGCAUUGUAUUCUUUAUAACAGCUGGUGUUUAUUUGGUUUGCAAUUCACUCUUUGUUAUAUUUGGCAAAGGCACGGUUCAACCUUGGAAUGAUAAAGUGGUAACAAAUUCGACCACAACAUUGCCCAAUGAUGCGGCCCAAACGGCCAUAACUUCCGUACCGAUAUAUGGUCAAAACUCGAAGGAAAAUUAAUGGUGUAAUACGAAAAUAUAGUGAUAUAAACUUUAAGUCUUAAGAAUAGAUAAUAUUUUUAUUAUAACGUCAGUUUCUUGAUAAUCGAGAUUCAUUACGAAUACAUUUUGUAUUCUAUUAAAA